CUCUUUCUCUUUCCUCUCUCAUUAGCCUCUGCUGUCCAUUCGUUGCUCUACGCCUGUUUCAAAACGCCUACUCUCGCUGUGUAUACUCGACUAUCAACAACUUACAACAUUCUUAAUACUUUCGUAUAAUACCACCAUACCAACACUUCAAGAUGCGUUUCACCUCCAUCAUCGUCACUGGCGCCCUCGCCAUCCUGGCCUCCGCCCAGGCUACUUCCACCAGCACUGCCGUCUCCGCCGCCUCUUCUGAGCAGGCUGUCAUCACCGAGUGCCUUAAGGGCUGCCCUGCCACCGACGUCAACUGCCAGUCCAAGUGCAUUUCUGUUCCCAACCCCAACGAGAGCCAGGUAAACCAGACCACUGCUUGUGUUGCCGCCUGCGACCAGGGUGACGGUAGCCCGGAGGACACCCAGAAGUACUCCGACUGCUCUCAGAAUUGCAUCAAGCAGUACUUCUUCAGCGCCGGCGGUACCCCGGCUGCCACCGCCGGCUCCGGCUCCGGCUCCGCCGCCAGCGGUGGCGCCAGUGCUGCCACGGCCUCCGCCUCCGGCUCUGGUGCCGCUGCCUCUGCUUUCGGCACUGCUACUCGUGCGUCUGGCUCCGCCGCCACCGGUACUGAUGCCGCCGCCACCGGAGCGACAACUCCCAACGCUGCCCCCGCCCUUAUCGGCUCCGCCUCUUUCGGUGUUGUCGGCAUUAUCGGCGCCCUCCUUCUUUAAGUUCAGCUUUAGCAUUUUGAUGAGGGAAAUAAAAGGGGUAUG